AUGGAAGUAUGGUUUGUUUUCCGGGAUAUUGAUGAUAGCUUGUUAAGAAAUGUAUUGGUGAAUGUUGGAGGUGAUUUGGCUAAAUUGGUACCUGGUCGAGUUUCAACUAAAGUGGAUGUGCAUUCGGUUUAUAACACCCAUAGCAUUAUUAGAAAGAAGUGUGAAUCUGACCGCUUAUAUAUUUGCCCACACCACACAGUUGUUUAUACCACUCCACUGAUUGAAGGAUCCUUAAUUUUCUCAUCGAGAGAAAUGGAGAAGGAUCACAUCGGGAUGAAAACUGCAACAAGCAGUGAGUACAAGGAUUUGUUACCGGUGAUGGCAGAGAAGCUUGGUGUAGAGGAUUUUGUGUCUGAAUUAUGUGGGGGGUUUCGGCUUCUGGCAGACCCCCAAAAGGGGUUGAUUACUGCAGAAAGUCUGCGAAGAAAUGCAGCACUUCUAGGGAUGGAAGGGAUGAGCAAAGAAGAGGCGGAGGCUAUGGUGAGAGAAGGAGAUCUUGAUGGAGAUGGAGUACUCAAUGAAACAGAAUUCUGCAUUCUGAUGGUGAGGCUCAGUCCUGAGAUGAUGCAGGAUGCAGAAACCUGGCUCGAGAAAGCACUUGAACAAGAAUCAAGGAAAUCUUCUUGA